CCGUCCUCCGUGCACGGCUGCCGCGUGGACAAGUCCGACCAGGGAGCCCCGCUCAGCCUGGCCACGGCCUACUGGAGCGUGCCGCCGAGCCUGCACGGGCCCAAGGAUACGAGCGCUGGCGACACGCGCCUCCUGCGGGCCUACGAGAGCCUGCAGAGAUGCCUGCAGGAGGCCGGCCUACCCGAAACGGUGGACAGGACGAACGAGACCCGCUUGGGCUCCGAGGAGAGGGACUCCACCUCGUGCUGCGUCUGCGUCCUCGCGAACCCCGCGGACUGCAUGGCCCUGCUGGAUGAGGGCAGCCGCGAAUGUCCGGGUAGGACGGAUGCCAUCUCGUUCUGCGAGGGCGGCCGCUCGUUCCUUGAUGUCUUCUCGCCUCCACGGCCCGUCACCUACUUCCUCAACCUCCUCGGGCCCACGUCAGGCCCCGUGGCGACGGCCCCGCACCACCAGCAGCAGCAGACUCCGCCGUCGACGCUGGAGGGCGGCCUGGCCUGCCCCCGCGGCUCCUCGCCCGAGCUGGCCGCCCUCAUCAACGACGCCCUGCUCAUGAGGAUCAUCGUCGCGAAGGGCGGAGGUGUGCGCGUGCCCGAGACGCUGGCCUUCGUGCUCCGCCCCCGCGUGCGCUACGACCCCGGGGACUCGCCCCUGGCUACGGCCCUGCGGGUGGUGGCCCUGGACGGGGCCGGCGGCCAGGAGGCGCUGGUGAGGGAGGCGGUGUGCGACUUCCUCAACCACGACAGCGCGGCACGCCUUCGCAAGGUGGUGGUGAAACCUUGGGGCCUCCACUCGCGGCGGUCGCUGGCGGCCUCCGGCCGGUCCUCCCGCCCCAGCUACCACGGCGCCGCUGACGUGCACGGCGUCCUGGAGGCCGUGGGAGGCCUCCUGGAGGCCCUGGCCGACGGCGACGGCGUCCUGGUCGAGGCCUUCCAGGCCACCGUGAGGCCCGUGGCCUUGCUGGGGCCGCGGGACGAGGAAGCAGCAGCAACUACGGCGGCAGUGGCACGUGCAGGCUGGACGGUGCCACGUCCUGAGCUGGCUUUCCGAGUCUGUGCGAUGGUUUGCCGAACUCCAGAGAACCAACCGUUCGUGACUCAGCUUGUGUGUGGUGUCGGCCGAGCGAGCCGCCCGGUGAGCCACGGCUGCUCGCUGCCCCAGACCGCCAGCACCACGCUGGCCGAGUGGGGCUACACGGACGAGGCGCAGCGGGCGGACAUCGUGGGCCUCCUGCAGCGGCAGGCCGAGCGGGCGGCCGCCGCUGUCAUGGACUACGAGAGGACCCUGUCGGGCGGGGAGAGGGGCGGAGCCGGGGCGCAGACUGACAUGCUCGGCGUGGACCUGGUGUUGACACGUGCCAGCGGCGUGCUGGUGCCCGUGGUGCUUGACGUGAACGAGCGCCGGUGCCUGUCCACGUGCGGCGCCUUCGAGGCGAUGAAUCCCUCGUCGCGGGGCGAGGCCGCUGGGCCCUGGCUGCAGACGAUGCUGCACCGAUCGCAGGCCUACCUGCUCGCCGGGGCCGACGUGCUGGUCAUCGGGGCUGGCGGCACGAGUAAGAAGUUCGUGUGGGAGCUGGCCGAGCAGCUGGGGAUCAGGAUCCACCUCGUAGACUCCAACCCGGCGCACUUCGCCGCGAGCAUGGUGACCUCGUUCACCUUCUACGACUACGUGGAUCACCGCCGCGAUGACGUGCACGCGAAAGCCAUAGCAGCGGCCGUGGCGGCCCGGGGCCUCAGGCCGCGCGGCUGUCUCGCCUUCUGGGAGGAGUGUAUCGUGCUAGCGGCAGGCGUGGCCCACCUCCUAGGCCUGCGAGGCAACUCGGUCGAGGCCAUGCGGAGGGUCAAGCAGAAGAGCAUCACCCACCAGCACCUGUCCACGUCGCCCUCGACGAGCUCCUUCACCGUCCGCUCGCUGCCCCUGUCUUCGUGGCGCCAGGCCGACGAGGCCUCCCGCUCCCUCGCUCACUCACUCACCAUCUCACCAUCUCACCAUCUCACUAUCUCACCAUCUCACUAUCUCACUAUCUCACUAUCUCACUAUCUUACCAUCUCUCUCCCUCACUCACUCCCCUCCUCUCCACCCCACCACCCCCAACAGUCGACGAGCUCCUUCACCGUCCGCUCGCUGCCCCUGUCUUCGUGGCGCCAGGCCGACGAGGCCUCCCGCUCCCUCGCCUUCCCCUGCGUCCUCAAGCUGGAGUUCGGCGCCGGCGCCGUCGGCGCUCGCCUCGUCGCCGGCGCCGCCGACUGCCGCCGCCGGGCCCGCGCCCUCGCCCGCGACCUCCGCCAGGAGAGCGACUUCCCGGGCAUCGGCCUCGGCUUCGGCAACGGCUCCCUCCUCGCCGAGUUCGCCGGCGGCACGGAGCACGACGUGGACCUCGUGCUCUUCGGCGGCCGCGUCGUCGCCGCCUUCGUCUCGGACAACGGCCCCACGCGUCCGCCGGGCCUGGCCGAGACGGCCGCGGCCAUGCCCUCGGGCCUCGCCGGCGACCGCCGGUCGCAGCUGGUCGCGGCGGCGCACCGCUGCUGCGCCGGCUGCGGCCUCGCCGACGGCGUCUUCAACGUGGAGCUGAAGCUGUCGCGGCGGGGCCCGCGCCUCGUCGAGAUCAACGGGCGCAUGGGCGGCUUCUACCUCCGCGACUGGAUCCGCGCCGUGCACCACGUGGACGUCCUCUUCGCGGCGCUCGCCGUCGCCUGCGGCCUCCGGCCCGCCGCCCGCCCGCUGGCGCCGCGCGGCCACCUCGUCGGGGUGAUGUGCGUGCCGUCGCGGCACGGCAAGGCGCUCGCGCCGGGCGGGCCGGCGUCGCCGGCGGCGCUGCGGGCCCUGCACGACGCCGGGGCGCUGCGGCUGAACCUGCUCAUGGACGACGCGGCCGGGGCAAGGCGGGUGGGAGGAGGAGGCGGUGAGGAGGAGGAUGAGGAGGAUGAGGAUGAGGAGGAUGAGAAGGAUGAGGAUGAGGUGGAGUACGAGGAGCCAUACUGCAACAUCGCCUGCUACGGGAGCACGCGGCAGGCGGCCGCAAGCCGCCUGUUGCACCUCAGCAAGGUGCUCGGCAUCGACUCGAAGGAGUACCCAGUGGCGUACUUCCUGAGCCACUUCUCGUAGGGGUGGUGGUGGUGGUGGUGAUGGUGG